CGUCUAACAAGGGAUUUUUUUGGCUACUGAAAUGCAACCCACAAACGCCCACAAGUCGACAGUGCCACCACGAUCAAAUUUCAAACUCCGAAUGCUGUGCUGAACAUGCGUUUGACCACGUUGCUAGUUGACCACGACGACCAGCUACGGUCUACGACCUAUCUGAUUGUUCAUUGCCAUGACUCGUGGUAACCAACGCGAACAAGACCGCUUGAAAGCCCAGAAGAAAGCGGCUGCGCAGAAGAAAGGACCAAAGGAAAGUGCUGCUAAUCUAGCCAAGAGGAAGGAGGCCGAUGCCGAUGCCCUUCGUGCAAAGCAAAAGAAGAAAGAAGAGGAAAAAGCAGCCACUACAUCCUCUUCUGGAAAAUAAGACAUCCAAGCACGUUCUGGGGGACUGUACUGUAGGGCGGAGGGGAGGAGGCACGCAGCCGCAAGAAGUGCGGACUCAUCGUCGAUAAUGACUCACAUCUAUUUAUUUCUCGUUCCCUUUUUUCGGGGGGGUCGUCAAAUGGAUAUGCUUGUUCCCAGACC